ACCGGGAAAAGAAAAACCAGCAAUUUUUAGGACUCGCUAGAUUCUCUCUCUCUCUCUCUCUCUCUCCAAUUACAAUGGCCUUCGCUUCUUUCCUCGGCAGAGUUCUCUUCGCCUCCGUCUUCAUCCUCUCUGCGUACCAAGAAUUUAGUGAAUAUGGAGUUGACGGUGGACCUGCAGCAAAAGCACUCAGACCAAAGUUUGAUGAUUUUAUGCAUCAAGUACAUUCUCAAUUUGGCUUUCACUUUCCAGAAAUUGAUAUAAAAUUUUUAGUUGCUGCGGCUGUUGCUCUCAAGGGCAUUGGAGGGAUUCUUUUCAUAUUGGGCAGCUCAUUUGGAGCUUUCCUUUUGCUUUUGCAUCAGAUGAUUGCUACUCCAAUACUGUAUGAUUUCUACAAUUACGACAGUGAGGACAAAGAAUUUAUUCAACUUUUCAUCAAAUUUACACAGCAUAUGGCUCUCUCCGGGGCUUUGUUGUUUUUUAUUGGGAUGAAAAACUCUAUUCCUAGAAGGCAACCCAAGAAGAAGGCUCUCAAAACAAAAACCUAUUAGGAGCCGCAAUCUAGAGACAUUUUUCAAAUUCUCUGAUUUGUUCCUGGAUUCUCAUUAUACCCGUUCUCCAGGAUUUGGCUCGGGUGUCUAAUCUGGUUCAGAACAAAUGCCCCCUGUAUCAGUUUCGUAGGUUUACCAUGUCUUAUGGAUUAUAUAUAAUUAUUUACGUAUGAUAUCUUUUCUUUUGUUUGACAUUAGAAAAUAGGAACUAUCUUUCGAUUACUAGACUUUUCUGCCAAGAGGAAAAAAAAUGAUCAGAGCCUGUUCAUUCAAACUUAGGGUGUCAAUUGCGUUCAGACUAACGAACUUGAUGAAAAGGUCCUGAAAGUCUGGCAUUUGAAGUUGCUAUUGAACCGUGCUAGAUUUCUGUGUUGGCACAUGGAUUUGUGCCCCUGUUUUGAUUUGUUUGGUUUUGGUUUUCUAAUUGGUUUGAGAAUGGAAGUGUAUAUUUGUCUGAAUUUUUUAUAAACAAAAAUAAAAGACCUUCAAAUUUUGACAGGGGACGCUAAGUAUUUCGAGUCGUUGUAUUUAUUUCAUGCUUCACAUAAUGAGAUCUAUUCUCACUUGGAUUCUGUCUAGGGAACUAAGUACAAUUAUCACCAAUUGUAUGAUUUCUUGGUUUGGAUUGAUUGGAAAAUAUUAAUGGCGGGUUUCAAGGGGACCCGUUGGAUAGUAAUCCGCGAUUUUCUUAUUUGCUUGAUUAGCCUGAUGAAAUUACUAGUUGCUUGUGUCUCAUUUUCUUCCAUCGGCGGGGAAAUCAUCAUUUUAGUCUUCAAUGCAUGUAGGUUAAGUUA